GUCCUGAAAAGCCCCGCCCACAGACACACCUGCAAAAAUCAGCGGUUUUCCAGCUGCUGUCGCAAGUUGAUCUCGUCCCCAGUUGAUCUGUCACCAGUUUACCUGUCCGUAAAGCUGUUCGUCUCUUCAACUAACCGUCAUGGCUUCCUCUACUCCACCCAACUUCUCCUGGGUGGAGCCUGGAAAACUGGCUGGACUGGCUAUGCCCAGGAUGCCAUGUGAAUACAGGUACCUGCUGGACAACGGGAUUAAACACCUUGUUUGUCUGUGUGAGAGGAAACCACCAAACCACGACUCCUGCCCCGAGUUACAGCUUCACCACAUUAAGAUAGUCGACUUCACUCCUCCUUCACCCAGUCAGAUCGAUAGAUUUCUGUCUAUCGUGGAAGAGGCCAACUCCAAAGGAGAGGGUGUGGCCGUUCACUGCAUGCACGGCCACGGAAGAACGGGGACCAUGCUGGCCUGCUACCUGGUGAAGACGAGGAAAAUGGCAGGGGUCGACGCCAUCAAAGAGAUCCGCCAAAUUCGCAGGGGCUCCAUCGAAACCCACGAACAGGAAAAGGCAGUGGUGCAGUUUCAUCAGCGCAUAAAGUAACUUGAUCAUGAAAACAGGCAGUCCGGCCUACACUGGAACCACAGACCUCAUUUAUGUGCAAACUAACAUUAGCUGAAAAUCAAAGGUAUCGCUGUUUUAGAUUCAACUGAAUGAUCAAUUCUAACGUUUACGUGAUUCAGACAAACAUGUCUGCUCUAAGACAUGCAGACCUUGAAGGUUGUUCCUUGCAAAAGUUAAUAAUUGCACAGUUUGUCACUUUACAACCACUAAGAUUUUAUGGAAACACUUUUUCCAAGACUUUUAAAUGUUAAGUAUAAUUACGUCUGGACUUUGACUCAUUUUAAAACACAGAAAUGCUUUGAUCCAAAUCCUUUGUUCUGCUCGUAUGUUUAGACUCAUUGUUCUGUUCCUGCAUAAAAUCUUUGCUCUACUUUCUGGGUUUUAAUCAAAGUCCACAACUGUUCUUUAUGCGUGGGUCACUAUGAUGCGCUUCAGAAAAUAAUGGUAUCUAUACAGAGUUUUAAUUACGCACUGCUAUAAUCCUAUUUACUUAUUUAAUAACUGCCCUGGAAUUAAUCAUCUAAAAUGUAGAUGCAUUUCUAAAUUGUUUGUUUACCCUUAUGUUAGUCUAUCACAUAAAAUCUUGUUAAAGUUUAAUGAACUUUAUCUUUGUAAUUUGACAACAUUUUUUCAAGAUGCUUUUUUUUUGUCUGUUUCAAAAUGAAAGUUCAUUUUUUAUA